CAACAAACAUCUCCAGACCUUCCAAUUCUGCCUUCAAAACUCAUAUCAAAACCAGCCUCACAUCCGUCCUGGAGGCCUCAAUACACAUCCGCCGCAGAAGAUGUCAACCCCCAAUUCCGGCGCCUCAACCACCAACCCACGCUUCACACCCCAAGCCAAAACCGCCGAAGACCUGCUCGCAAACCAAACCGUCGGUCUGGUAAACCUCUCCGACUUCCGCAAACGACGCGCGGAGGCAAUCGAGCAGAAAGAGCGCGAUGCCCACGAUCGAGUCUUAAACGUGCCCAGUAGCGGGACCGCGACACCCGAUGGGUGAGUACCUACCUCUCUCUCUCGCCCCCGAGACAAGGAGAGAGUCAAUUGAGAGAGAAUGGGACUAAUGGCCCUAGUACAGUGCGUCUACACCGCGAGAACCAGCUUUGAAGAAGAAGAAACGCAAGGUUGGGACACCGAAGCUUUCCUUUGGGGUGGAGGGUGAGGAGGGGGAGAGUGGGGAUAAUGCUACGACGGGACCUGGGUCUGCGACUACGACGAGGGAGAAUACACCGAGUACGGGGAAGGAAAGUGGAGGGAAGAAGUCGAAGUUUGGGGUUAAUGCUUCGGUAGCUAUUGCUCCUAAGGUGUUGACGAAAUCUGCACUGUUGAGGGAAGCGCAGACGAGGGAGACGUUGAGGAAGGAGUUUUUGGGGAUCCAAGAGGCGGUCAAGGGUACGGAUAUCAAUAUCCCCUUUGUGUUCUACGAUGGGACGAAUAUACCAGGUGGAGUGUGCAAAGUCAGGAAGGGGGAUUAUGUCUGGCUCUUUCUGGAUAGAAGUCGAAAGGUCGGAGCGGAGAUGGGAGUUGGAGAGAAAGGCACGAACACGAAUAAACAGUGGGCAAGAAUCGGGGUGGACGAUCUGAUGAUGGUUCGAGGUGGUAUUAUUAUUCCUCAUGUAAGUCUAAUCUCUAUACCCAAGAUGCCGUCGAGGGGAAACGCUAAUUCAUGCCUAAUAGCAUUACGACUUCUACUACUUCAUAAUAAACCACACUCUCGGUCCCAAUAACCAAAUCCUCUUCAAGUACUCCACCGAACCUCCAGCAAUAUCUUCUCUGCCCAAAGAACCUGACUCUAUAAACCUCGACACAUAUAACCCACUCUCCGUUCCCUCUGCGAAACCAAAGGUGAAGGAGAUUGUUGUUGAUAACAAGGACAUCGAAGGCAGUAAUGACGAUCCCACCUUCACGAAAGUAGUCGAUCGUCGGUGGUACGAGCGUAACAAACACAUCUAUCCCGCAAGCGUAUGGCAAGAAUUCGACCCGGAGAAGGACUACCAAAAAGAGGUGAAGCGGGAUGCUGGCGGAAACGCGUUUUUCUUUUCCUGA